GGGAGGGGAAGCUCCUAGGGCUCUGCUCUCGCUGCUCAGCAGACCGGGGGUUGAGCUUCCUGGGUCAGAUGCAGCCGCUGCCAGUUCCAUUGUGAGCGGAGCGACCUGCGUUAACCCCGCUCUGCCCGCACCAGCCCCUGAGCCGGAGCCUGCAGGCUGCAGGAUAUCGUCCUGGUUGAGAAAUGGCUGCUGUGGAACCAGCUCAGCAGGACCAGGCGCAAUGGGCAAUCGCCAUGGCUGGGAUGUGGCGUGAACCCCGUGCCUUGGGGGAAGGGCAUUGUGGGAUCCCCAUCCAGCAUCCCAAGAGGGAGGAGAGCGAGGCUGAGGAGCAGAGCCCUGGCUGGCCCUUGUCCCCGCGGACGCCGUCCCAGUCUUGGCUGGGAUGCUCGGAGGGGGAAGAUUCUCCGUUGAGGAUGGCGCAGACACCUCACCGGUCUCGGGAAGGGGUAAACACUGCUGGCCUUGAGCAAGCGGUGCCGUCCCGUGACUGGCCUCACAGGGACGAGGUUCCUUCAUUCCCCCGGGAGGCACCUGAGACCUGCGAUUCCAUGGGGACAGGCCCCACCAGGGACCGUACCCAGGGCAAGGCGGCCAUUUCAGAGCAGGCCAGCGAGGAAGCCCAUCGGUUGCAGUUCCGCUCAGGCACUGCCCAGCCCGGAGAAGCUCCCCGGGAGAUGCUAGUCCGGCUCAGCCGGGCUGCCCAGCUCUGGCUACGGCCCAGGGAGCGCACCAAGGAGCAGAUUGUGGACGUCGUCGUGCGGGAGCAGUUCCUGGGGGCGCUACGGGCAGACGUGCGGGCCUGGGUGACGGCAAGGAAGCCCCGCAGUAGUGAGGAGGCGGCUGUGCUGGCUGAAGCCUGCCUGGGGCAAGCGGAGUCGACCCAGCCUGCUCAGGGGGCAGUGACCUUCGAGGAGGUGGCUGUGUAUUUCACGAAGGAGGAAUGGGCUGUGCUGGACCCCGGUCAGAGAGCUCUCUACAGGGACGUCAUGCAGGAGAAUUAUAAGAGCGUGACCUCGCUGGCUCCCCUGGCAGAGGCAGAGGCUAGCACAGAAGGGAUAGAGUCUGAGAGUGCACCAGGUUUGGAGGAUAAACCAGGGGAGGUGCCUGAGCCCAAAAAGGAAGAGAACGAGGAUGAAGACUUCACCAGGGAAGAUGAACUAACUCACACUGAUGACCUGCGAGAUGAGAAUUACCACCCCUCACUGUACAGUGACUCCGAGCUGAAAAGAGAGCAAAGCCAGACCAAGAGCCGCAAGAGACACGUGAAGGGUGCGCAACUACCUACUGAGACGAGUCCAGCCAACGGCAGCCCCUCUGAGGAGCAGGCGGUGCAAUCCAGCCGCAAGAAGCGGGGACAGCUGAGCAACAAGGAUGUGGCCCAGAUCGGCCCCAAGAGAAUCAGGAAGGCAACCAAGCGUGAGAUGCUCCUGUGCGAUUUCGAGGGCUGCGGCAAGAUCUUCUCCAACCGCCAGUACCUGAAUCACCACAGGAAAUACCAGCACAUGCACCAGAAGACCUUCACCUGCUCUGAGCCCAGCUGUGGCAAGUCCUUCAACUUCAAGAAACAUCUGAAGGAGCACGAGAAGCUGCACAGUGACAAACGGGAUUACAUCUGUGAGUACUGCGCCCGCCCCUUCCGCACCAGCAGCAACUUGAUCAUCCACAGACGCAUCCACACGGGGGAGAAACCCAUACAGUGUGUGAUCUGCGGCUUCACCUGCCGUCAGAAGGCCUCCCUCAACUGGCACAUGAAGAAGCAUGACACCGACUCCUUCUACCAGUUCUCCUGCGACAUCUGCGGCAAGAAGUUUGAGAAGAAGGACAACGUCACUGCGCACAAGAGCAAGAGCCAUCCCGAGGUGGCUGCCGGCCCGGCCCGGCCUGGCCCAGCCCAGCCCACACCAGAAAUGCCAGAACCCAGCCACCGGGAUGCCCCAUCCCCGCUCCCCAGCCUUGCUGAGGAGACACUGAAUGAGGACCACCCGGAGGGCCAUGCCCACUUGUCACAGAGCAGCUGGAGAUCAUUGCACUGAGCCAUUGCAAGAUGGAGAAGGCGGAAAGGCCAGUGUGCCCCAUCGGAGCCUCCGCCGACUAACGGGCCACACCAAGCGGGAUCCAGAUAUGACCAGCGCUUGGGGGCUGAGCCACGGGGGAUGCUGGCAGAGAUGAUCCCAGCAGGAUCUUGCCUUCCAGCUGGACUCUGCUGAGAGUGGGACAUAACAGGUGUGUUGUAAACAAGACAUGAGAAAUCAUUCUUCCGCUCUACUCUGUGCUGGUUAGGCCUCAACUGGAGUAUUGUGUCCAGUUUUGGGCACCUCAUUUCAAGAAAGAUGUGGAGAAAUUGGAGAGAGUCCAGAGAAGAGCAACAAGAAUGAUUAAAGGUCUUGAGAACAUGACCUAUGAAGGAAGGUUGAAAGAAUUGGGUUUAUUUAGUUUGGAAAAGAGAAGACUGAGAGGGGACAUGAUAGCAGUUUUCAGGUAUCUAAAAGGGUGUCAUUAGGAGGAGGGAGAAAACUUGUUCACCUUAGCCUCUAAUGAUAGAACAAGAAGCAAUGGGCUUAAACUGCAGCAAGGGAGAUUUAGGUUGGAUAUUAGGAAAAAGUUCCUAACUGUCAGGGUGGUUAAACACUGGAAUAAAUUGCCUAGGGAGGUUGUGGAAUAUCCAUCUCUGGAGAUAUUUAAGAAGAGGUUAGAUAAAUGUCUAUCAGGAGUGAUCUAGACAGUAUUUGGUCCUGCCAUGAGGGCAGGGGACUGGACUCGAUGACCUCUCGAGGUCUCUUCCAGUCCUAGAGUCUAUGAAUCUAUAAAGCACUUAGCAGAGGGGAGGGGAUAACGACUGAACCAUGGUGGGAGACUGUAGUGGCAGACCUGAAAUCCUGCCCAGGCACUGAGAGUAUGGGGAGAGGGAGGCAAACCCCUGCAGCCAUGAACAGCCUCCCCACACCACAGUCAGUAGAGCGCAGACUAUCUGUGGGCCAAGAGGACUGUGACACCAGGCAAAGGGUCUCACCAUCUCUGGGGCAGGAGAACUCUGAAGAAAGAUCCUGAGGUUCGCCCUCCCCAGGAAAAGACCUCAGUUUGCUACUCUCGGCUUCAAGGUUUUGGACAAUUCUUCAAUAAAGAAUUAUUUUGUGUAA